CACAAAGUCCAGUCAAUGAUAACUUAAACCUAACAGAGGAAGCACCAUUUUGUCACCGCCCUACAGAAGAAAAAACGGUAAGGAGAGAAAUUACUGAGAAUAUGAAGUAAAAGCAGGAAUUUGAAGUGAGGUGAGAGCUAGAUCAAAGGUGUAGUGCUUUUGCGAUGCUGUUUUCCAGGCGAGGAAGCAAGGGAGCUCUGCGUCUGCUGCUCUUAUUUCUGCUCCUGCCAGCCUGGGGGGCGGGCAGCGGCCAGGUCCGCUACUCGGUCCCCGAGGAGGCCAAACACGGCACCUUCGUGGGCCGCAUCGCCCAGGACCUGGGGCUGGAGCUGGCCGAGCUGGUGCCCCGCCUGUUCCGCCUGGCGUCCAAGGGCCGCGGGGACCUUCUGGAGGUAAACCUGCAGAAUGGCAUUCUGUUUGUGAAUUCUCGGAUCGACCGCGAGGAGCUGUGCGGGCGGAGCGCGGAGUGCAGCCUGCACCUGGAGGUGAUCGUGGACAGGCCGCUGCAGGUGUUCCACGUGGAGGUGGAGGUGAGGGACAUUAACGACAACCCGCCUGUCUUCAAAGGGAGAGAACAAAGGAUAUUUAUUUCUGAAUCCAGGCAGGUGAACUCUCGUUUUCCGAUAGAGGGCGCUGCAGAUGCAGACAUAGGCACCAACGCUCUUCUAACCUACACCCUCAGCCCCAGUGAUUAUUUCUCUUUGGAUGUACAGGCAAGUGAUGAACUGAGUAAGUCACUUUCGCUUGAAUUGAGGAAAUCUUUGGAUAGAGAAGAAAUAUCGGAACUUCAUUUAACACUGACAGCCAGAGACGGAGGCAAACCAGAGCUAGAAGGUUCAGUUCAGCUGCUGAUCACGGUGCUUGACGUUAAUGACAACGCCCCAUUGUUUUCCCAGGCGGUGUACAGAGUCCACCUGUUAGAGACUACAGCAAAUGGAACCUUAGUGACCACGCUAAAUGCCUCUGACGCUGACGAUGAUGCAAAUGGCGAAAUUGUCUUUUCCUUUGGCAGUGAUGUUCCUCUUGGCAUUAAAAAAAUUUUUAAAAUUGACUCCAGUUCAGGAGAAGUUACUCUAAUUGGUAGGCUGGAUUACGAAGAAACAAAAUCCUACGAAAUUCAGGUUAAAGCAGUUGAUAAAGGAAGUCCUCCAAUGUCAAGUCACUGCAAGGUUUUAGUGAAAGUACUGGAUGUAAAUGAUAAUGCUCCAGAGCUGGCGGUCACGUCGCUUUCUUUGCCUGUCAGGGAGGACGCUCCACUGGGCACAAUCAUCGCCCUGAUCAGCGUGCAUGACAGCGACUCCGGUGUCAACGGGCAGGUGACCUGCAGCCUGACGCCCCAUGUCCCCUUCAGGCUGGUGUCCACCUUCAGGAACUACUAUUCGCUGGUGCUGGACAGCGCCCUGGACCGCGAGAGCGUGCCGAGCUACGGGGUGGUGGUGACCGCGCGCGACGGGGGCUCGCCUCCGCUGUCGGCCACGGCCAGCGUGUGGGUGGAGGUGGCCGACGUGAACGACAACGCGCCCGCGUUCGCGCAGCCCGAGCACACGGUGUUCGUGAGGGAGAACAACGCGCCCGGCCGCCACAUCUGCACGCUGUCGGCGCGCGACCCCGACGCGCAGGAGAACGCGCGGGUGUCCUACUCGCUGGUGGAGCGGCGGGUGGGCGAGCGCGCGCUGUCGAGCUACGUGUCGGUGCACGCGGAGAGCGGCCGGGUGUUCGCGCUGCAGCCGCUGGACCACGAGGAGCUGGAGCUGCUGCAGUUCCAGGUGAGCGCGCGCGACGCGGGCGUGCCGCCUCUGGGCAGCAACGUGACGCUGCAGGUGUUCGUGCUGGACGAGAACGACAACGCGCCCGCGCUGCUGCCGGGCGGCGCGGGCGAGCUGGUGCCGCGCUCGCUGGGCGCGGGCCACGUGGUGGCCAAGGUGCGCGCGGUGGACGCGGACUCGGGCUACAACGCGUGGCUGUCGUACGAGCUGCUGCAGCCGGCGGCGGCGGCGGCGGGCGGCGCGCGCGGCCCGUUCCGCGUGGGGCUGUACACGGGCGAGAUCAGCACGACGCGCGCCCUGGACGAGGCGGACGCGCCGCGCCAGCGCCUGCUGGUGCUGGUGAAGGACCACGGCGAGCCGGCGCUCACGGCCACGGCCACGGUGCUGCUGUCGCUGGUGGAGAGCGGGCUGGCGCCCCGCGCGUCGUCGCGCGCGCCCGAGGGCGCGGCGGGCGCGCCGACGGCGCUGCUGGACGUGAACGUGUACCUGAUCGUCGCCAUCUGCGCCGUGUCCAGCCUGCUGGUGCUGACGCUGCUGCUGUACGUGGCGCUGCGCUGCGCGGCGCCGCCGGGCGAGGGCGAGGGCGCGGGCGCGGCCGGGAAGCCGGCGCUGGUGUGCGCCAGCGCGGUGGGGAGCUGGUCGUGCUCGCAGCAGCGGCGGCAGAGGGUGUGCUCCGGGGAGGGCCCGCCCAAGACCGACCUCAUGGCCUUCAGCCCCAGCCUUCCUCCCGGUCUGAACGCGUUGGAAGAAAGUGAACAUCCACAAACAAAUUCGGACCUUUCCGGUAAUGUAAGUCCAACUCUCAAGGCUUGGCUUUAA